GGGACCGACGUGUGACUGCGGAGUAAACCUGCAGGAUGUCGCAGUUUGCGGAGGCUUAAAGAGGACUAACCGCCGUGUUUUUACCGAGGACAGCCGUCAGGAGAGGCGGUCAGACCGGGGAGGAGAGCGGCUGCAGCUCGGAGGUGGGAGCGAAACAACAGUAUUUUGUGUAGCCGCCAUCAUUCUGUGCUGUAAGGCCAACCCUAAAAUGUCUUCCAAUGGAGACCUCAGCGACCUGGGGAGCUCUGACAGCUUCUGGGAGCCGGGGAACUACAAAAGGACGGUGAAGCGGAUAGACGAUGGUCACCGGCUGUGUAAUGAGAUGGUCAGCUGUUUCCAGGAGAGAGCGAAGAUAGAGAAGAGCUACGCUCUGCAGCUGAGCGACUGGGCCAAGAGAUGGAGGGGUGUCGUGGAGAAAGGUCCUCAGUAUGGCACACUGGAGAAAGCAUGGCAUGCCUUUAUGCAGGCGGCUGAUCGGAUCAGCGAGCUGCAUCUUGAGCUGCGGGAGCGGCUGGCGUGCGAGGACAGCGAGAAGGUUCGAAACUGGCAGAAGGAAGCUUUCCACAAGCAGAUGAUGGGAGGCUUCAGGGAGACGAAGGAUGCAGACGAUGGCUUUCGCAAAGCACAGAAACCCUGGGUCCGCAAAUUGAAAGAGGUGGAGGUCAGCAAGAAGAGCUACCAUCAGGCCAGGAAGGAGGAGUGGACUGCAGUUACUAGGGAAACGCACGCCAAAGCCGACCCAACAAAAUCACAGGAAGAAGUGCGCAAAUACUCGACCCGGGCGGAGCGCUGCAACCAGGAGGCCGAGAAAAUGAAGGAGCGCUACACAAAGUCCCUGGAGGACCUGAACCGCUGUAACCCUCGCUACAUGGAGGACAUGGAGCAGGUGUUCGACCUCACCCAGGAGGCCGAGCGAAAGAGGCUGCGCUUCUUUAAAGAGGUCCUGCUGGACAUCCACAAACACCUCGACCUGUCCGCCAGAGAAGGGUUUAAAGUUCUGUACCGAGAUCUGGGUCAGACCAUCCAAGCAGCCAAUGACACUGAAGAUCUCAGAUGGUGGAGGAACACCCACGGACCGGGAAUGAGCAUGAACUGGCCACAGUUUGAGGAGUGGUCUCCAGAGGCGAGUCGCUCCAUCAGCAGGAAGGAGCGAGGUGGACACUCUGAGGAAAAUGUGGUCAAGCUCACCAACAUCGUCUCCUCAGGUGGAGAUGACGUCCCACCGAGUCCCAUCACCCUGGACACCGGCAGGGUGAAAGAUUAUUCGUCAGACUGGUCAGAUGAGGACAGUCCUAAGAAGGCGCUGGCAGUGAACGGCGUGGGGGAGGCGGAGGACGAGGAGGAUCAGGUAGAGGGGGUGCGAGUCCGAGCGCUCUAUGAUUACACGGGCCAGGAGGCCGAUGAGCUCAGCUUUAAAGCAGGAGAGGAGCUGCUGAAGAUGGGAGAGGAGGAUGAGCAGGGCUGGUGUAAAGGACAGCUGAGCAAUGGCCAGGUCGGCCUCUACCCAGCCAACUACGUCCAGUCCAUCGCCUCCUGAUGGAUCGCCCUCUCUGGUCACCCAGCCAACGGUACAACACUCAAGUUGCCAGGACCAAUCAGAAGCUAUUAGUGCUGACAUGUAGACAGUAAAACCACCAGUUUUUGGGUACUGACUGUUAAACUCAUCUCUGAGUUUGCUUUUUUUUUUGUUUGAGCUGCGUUUUUGAAAAUCAGCCAGAGGAAAAAGUCCACUUGUUGUGACAGGCUGUUAACUCAGCCCGAAGUCAACGACAUCGUUGUUUAAAAGAAGCUUUACAGGCGAACAGAAGUCUCCGGAGGCCAACAUGAACACAUACUUGUAGAAAAACAUGGACGUAACUUAUGAAACUCUGGAAUUUUGGAUUUCUGCUUUCUGCCAUCAUUUUCAGUUACUCGAGUCCGAGAAUCCACAUUUAAUCAAAGCCUUGGUGGAGCAGCAGUGAGAGCAUCCACCACGGCUGACUGUGAUUAGCCGAAACAUCUGUCAGUCAGUCAGAGACAUCCUGGAACACGCCUCUUUUUUAUAGAAAUAGUUUGACAUUUUGGGAAAAUACAAUUCAUUUGCUUUCUUGCAGAGUUAGAUGGAACGAUGGACUCCAUUCUCAUAUCUCAUAUAAGACUAAAAACAGCAGCUUGUUUGCUUAGUUUAGCAUAAAGACAGGAAACAACACAUUUUUGGAAGUAAAAGUCACAUCCUUUUUUCUUCUUUUUUUCAUGUUAAUGUGAGCUUUUCUGUGACUUCAGGGUUUAAUCAGCAGUAUAAAAUUAAAAAAAAAAACAGCUCCAUAAAAUAUUUACUUCUUUGAUUAAAAGGACAGUCACAAGCUUGUGUACAUAAAAAAAAGGUUAAAAAAAAAAUGCCCAAGAUAUAUUUUGGAAAGAAAAAACCGAUGACCUAAAAGGCCUUUUGCAUAACUUAUAUAAUGCAAAUGUCAGCCUUUUUCGUGACGUAGAGGGAAUUGGUGGUGAAGUUUAGGCAACAAAACUACUUGGUUAUGGUUAGGGGUUAGGGUUAGGAUUGCAUAACCCUAAAAGAUGGCAUAUAAUGCCAAAACCAAACAAACAAACAAACAAACAAAAAAAACCCAUUUGGCUUUGAUUGGAAAAGCAGCAAGAGUGUCACUAAAAACUCUAGCUCUGAGUGCCACAAACGCCUAACCAAUGUUGCUUUUAGGUCUUGAACAUCAGUCUCGUUGGUUAAAGUUUGGUGUUUGUUGGACCUAUCCACUCUGAGUGGACUUUUACACUCCGCAGAUGCUAAAACUUUACCCCCAACGUCACGACAGUGAUGCUGAGGAGGCUAUCCAAGCUGUCCAAACUGAUAUUCAUUCGUUUAAACUAAUUUUCCAAUUUUACAUCUACCACAGUUCAAAACAGCUGCCAGUUUUCUACCUGGAAGUGAAUGUUGUUGUUACUGCGACGUCAUGGUGAUUCAGUCUGUGGACAGAGCCAGACUAACUGUUUGUCCCUGUCUCCAGUCUUUAUGUUAAACCAAGCGAGCCAGCUGCCGGCUGUGGUCUUGUACUUUAUGAGAUACGAGAGAGUGAUAUCCAUCUUGAUCUGCAGAAGUGUAUUCUGCAAAUUGACGAGCAUUUUUUAAAAAUAAUUUCAUUAGAGAAUUUUGGACUUUUUCCAGUAGAUUUCAGUGCACUCUUUGAUGCAGCAUCUAGUGACUGUGAGAGGAACUGCAGCCUGAGGCACGUUUUCAUCUUCAGCCUCCUCUCCGCUCAGCUGCGGUGGCUUCUGCUUGAAUUAAAGAGCUGAAAUAAACCCAAUGAAAGACUGUCAGUGCCUUAGUCAGCGAGGCCAGAAAUGUUACGGCACCGCCCUGCUGUCUGACCAAGGAUCUGCAGCCGCCUGCUGGGUGAUGACCAGUCUGGUCCCAGUAGAAACCAGUAGAAUCUCCCAUUACCUGGAUUUCAGAUGUUUGUGCAGGCAGCACUUGAUUGGCUCAUUCAGCUCGACAUCAGCAUAUUUCAUUUAUUUUGUAGAUUUUUAGGUGUGACACUGAAUUCACUUUCUUCAUUGUUUUUCUUUUUUUUUAAUGUGAUAGCUGUACGUUUAUAUUAAGUCAACCGAUUUUGAUCAUUGACGGUGUAAACCUGUUUCUUUUUUAAGAAUAGCAUUUUUACAGUCAACUUCUUUACUUUAUAAUUUAAUCUGCUCUUUAAUUUAGCAAUCGUUCUUGAUUUUAGAGCUGACGGAGGCAAAGAGAGUAAAGUUGACUGUUUAGAUUUGGGUCCUUUAACCUGUGGAAGGUGGUUUGUUGCUCGUUUUUGUUUCGCUGCACUGCGAUCGCGAAGCAGCUCAAACAUCUGGAAUAGUAAAUGGUGAUAAUUUGUCAGGUUUUGGGUUUUUUCAUGUUUAUGUUUGUGUUGGUUUGUGUGUGAGGGAACCUCCUUUGUCCUGCUGACCUGAUCGACGCUACCGCUAACCCACGUAGACAUCUGAAUAAUGAGAGGUGAUAGAGAAAAUUAACGCUACUGUGCUGCUCCUUAAUUUUUUCCUUUUCUUUACAAAAUGAUAACAUGUACAGGAGAUAAAGUGGGAAGCAACAAUAAAGAGCUUUCUGCAGAUGGA